GAUUAUUUGUCUGGCAUCUGAAGAACACUGGAAUACGGCAGCUACCAUGCCGGUUUGUGCAUCUAUGGCAUGUAGCCAAUGACAGAUUGAUUACAUUUCAGUACUUUACCUUUCUCAAACGAAUGUAUGUAACGCAAUACAACAAAGACCUCAGCCAACGAGCCAAACCUAAAUCAGAUUCAGUGGCAUUUCCUUUUCGCGAGCUUCAGCAAUUGGAUCAAGAUAAAAAGAUUAUACACGAGAUUAGACGAAUUUCACCUGUUCAUCAACCUUUGUCUGAGACAUCAAGCAGAAAGGAGUUGAGAGAAAUGAAGUCAGCUGCAGAAACUGAAGACUCAGUCACACCAGUAAGGGCAGAAUCCAAAGACGACAGACAAUGGAAAGAGAUGAAGCUGCGGCUGGAUGAUUUGCCAGGAAUUUUGGCACGCUUGUCGAAAAUUAAGCUUACAGCUCUGGUUGUAAGCACCACAUCUGCUGGCUUUGCCAUGGCCCCAGUCCCUUUUGACCUGACCUGUUUCCUGCUCGCCUCCCUUGGAACUGGGCUGGCGUCCUGUGCUGCCAACUCCAUCAAUCAGUUCUUUGAGGUUCCGUUCGACUCAAAUAUGAACAGGACAAAAACCAGACCACUGGUGCGAGGACAGAUCAGCCCCCUGCUCGCCGUCUGUUUUGCCGCUUCCUGCGGAGUCCCCGGGAUCGCCCUGCUGACGCUGGGAGUAAACCCUCUCACCGGGGCCCUGGGAGCCUUCAACAUUUUCUUGUACACCUGUUGUUACACACCCAUGAAGAGGAUGAGCAUUGCCAACACAUGGGUGGGAGCCGUUGUCGGUGCCAUUCCCCCCGUCAUGGGCUGGACUGCGGCUACCGGUAGUCUCGACGCUGGUUACAACUUGCUCUUCGAGACCUCUUUUGCAAAGAGCUAA